AGUAGAAUUGCGCCUUUUGAAAAUUUGCAGUACUGGUCACACUGUUGCCUGGCCCAAUUGCACACGUGCAGCGCCAAAACAAUAAAUUUAGGUAUUUCGAUUGGACGUGAUUUAAUAGCCAUGGACAAUGCCAACGAUGAAAUUGAAAUGGAGGUUGUCGAGCCUGAGGACGCCGAGAGCGACAUGGAACCCGAUAGCGAUAACGACGAGGAUGCGGAUGGCGAACCAGGCACCACAAAAACGCCCAAACAGGUCUACUUGCCGGGCAAAACGCUGGCCGAGGACGAGGAGCUGGUUUGCGAUGAGAGCGCCUAUGUGAUGCUGCAUCAGGCGUCAACGGGCGCGCCCUGCCUGAGUUUCGACAUUGUUCCCGAUGAGCUCGGCACGGGCAGGGAGAGUUUUCCCAUGACGGCCUACAUAGUAGCCGGCACACAGGCUGCGCGCACCCACGUCAACAAUCUGAUUGUGAUGAAGAUGAGCAACCUGCACAAGACACAGGACGGCGACGAUGAUGAGCUCGACGAUGAGGAGCUGGAGGAUGAUCAGGAUGAUGUGGCCGACAAGAGUGAGCUGAAGAAGCCGCAAAUGACGUGCGCCCUAAUAAAGCAUCAGGGCUGUGUGAAUCGUGUGCGUGCCCGCCGCAUGGGUAAUAAUGUGUUUGCGGCCUCCUGGAGCGAACUGGGCAGGGUGAACAUCUGGAAUCUGUCACAGCAGCUGCAGGCUGUCGAGGAUGCCCAGCUGCUCAAGCAAUACGAGCAACAGAGCGCCAGCAAUGAGACGCGACCUGUCUUCACGUUUAGCGGCCAUCAACAGGAGGGAUUUGCCAUCGACUGGAGCCCCAGUGCUGAGGGUGUGCUGGCCACGGGCGAUUGUCGACGCGACAUACACAUAUGGAGUCCCCUGGAGGAUGGCACCUGGAAGGUUGAUCAGCGUCCAUUGGUGGGCCAUACGGCCUCUGUCGAGGAUCUGCAAUGGAGUCCUAAUGAGCGCAGCGUGCUGGCCUCCUGCUCCGUGGACAAAACCAUACGCAUUUGGGAUUGCCGUGCAGCACCCCAGAAAGCCUGCAUGCUCACCUGCGAGAAUGCGCACGAGAGCGACAUCAAUGUCAUCUCUUGGAAUCACACCGAGCCCUUCAUUGCCAGCGGCGGUGACGAUGGCUUCCUGCACAUUUGGGACCUGCGUCAGUUCAAGACGCAAAAGCCCAUCGCGACAUUUAAGCAUCAUACGGAUCAUAUAACGACCGUCGAAUGGAAUCCCAGUGAGGCAACGGUGCUGGCCUCCGGCGGCGAUGAUGAUCAGAUUGCCCUGUGGGAUCUGGCUGUCGAGCAGGAUGCCGAUCAGGCGCCAGCGCCGGCCCAAAACGACGAAGAGCUGAACAAGCUGCCGCCGCAGUUGCUCUUCAUCCAUCAGGGUCAAAAGGAGAUCAAGGAGCUGCACUGGCAUGCCCAGCUGCCCGGCGUGCUGCUCUCUACGGCGCACAGCGGCUUCAACAUCUUUCGCACGAUCAGCGUGUGAGCAUGAUAAAACUUCGGAUCUAUCAGAUAACCAUUAGCUACUAAACAAUAAAAUCUAAUAAACAUAUUGUUGACAA